CAAACAAGCUGAUCGAACUCCUUCAAAUGGACAACACAAUAAGUAGUCAGAUACUAUCAUCAUUACCUUACGUUAAUGUGUGCUAUUGACUUUUCCCAAGGCAGCAUUAUCCACAUUUUAAUUUCACACAAAACGCUGCGUUUCGAAACCGUCUUCACAGACUAGAGCACCGCUUUCCGCUUUAUCUUCCUCUGCUUACAUUGUACGCAUUGGCUGUUCAAAGAGAAACCAAAGGCAUUGAAAGCAGGUCAAUUUUUUUUUUUCCUUGUUAGAAGAGGAAAUGUCAACUUCAGAAGAGGGUCAAGUGAUCGGCUGCCACUCGGUCGAUCAAUGGAAGGAGCUCUUUCAGAAGGGUGUGGAUUCUCAUAAACUGGUGGUGGUGGAUUUCACAGCUUCAUGGUGCGGACCAUGCCGUUUUAUUGCCCCAAUUCUAGCUGAGAUUGCCAAGAAAACUACCCAUGUUUUGUUCCUGAAGGUGGAUGUUGACGAACUUAAGUUGGUUGCUGAAGAAUACAAUGUGGAGGCAAUGCCGACUUUCGUGUUUCUGAAAGAUGGGAAGGAAGUGCAUAGGAUUGUGGGUGCUAAGAAGGAAGAGUUGGCUGCUAAAAUAGCCGAACAUGGUGGGGCUGCAACUGUUGCAGCUGCUUGAGGCUUCACCUCAAGCUUUUAUUAAUCCAUAUUGUGUGUUGUGCUCGUGCAAUUUGUAAUAAUCACCGACUUUUGGAUCUUUUCGUUUGUGUCGUGGGUUCUUGCUGAUGCAAUAAUGGAGCGAUAUGGAGUUCUUGUUCGUUGUGAGUUAUUGCGAUAAAUAUUGUCUUGGUAUUGUAUCUAUCUUUUUGUGUCAUUGGUUUUACAGGAUAAGCUGAUUUGAAGGACUUGAAUGUAUGAUAGAUUGACAUAGAUAGUUUUGGACCUGUAUGCAUAAGCAUAUUGUUAAUGUUUACCUAACCGGGUUGAAAGCAGGAUUUGAAUGUGCCAGUUGAACUAAGGAUGUAAAUUUGUCAUAGAAAUCUAUAGUUAAUGAACAAAAUCAAACUCCAAUUCCUCUCUUUUUCAUUUUUUUCCUCACUACAAU